AUGCUCGAGGUGGCACUCGACGCUUCCAAGCGUAAUGCUUCUCUGGAAGCACACCCGGAUUUCAGCGAGGAUCUGCCCGCACAGUACCGACCGAGCCACUCCAGCCUUUUGUCGAGCCUUUACGACGCCGACAGGCCAGCGCCUCCACCCGAGGGCUCUGUAUUGUCGGCAUGGGGACCACUCCUGGGUGGCAGAGGCGGCAUUGUCAUUCCGACUGCUUCUGAAUUCAAUCGCAGCAGGAAUGGCCUGCUCUUUCUGGCAUCUCUCGCCUCCAGUCACGAAUGCCCAUUGAUUACCCUCCAGAGCCAUGCAGCCUGCAGCGCCGACUACCACAGCGUCAGCGACCAGCUUGGCGACAAGGCCUCCCUCGUUCGUGUCGACAUGCACCACGUGCACUCAUCUUGGCAACCAGAUCUGGAGUCGGCCAAAGACGAACUCACGUUGGCUCACCAGAGCAGCGAUCUCGGUUGGAAGCACACGCUCGGCGUCAUGCUUGCAGUGCGGCUCGGGUGGGAGUAUGUCUUCUUCGUGGACGAUGACAUUACUCCUUACACCGAUGGGCGGAGAACGUUGUCGGCAGCACACUUGGCGCACGCAAUGCGAGCCAUGCGAGCCGACUCGGAUCUUCAGGCAAUCAGUUGGCCAUCCAUUUGCAUGGCUGACAACGGUGUCGUGGGACAUGCGCGGCCCCUGGUCGGCCUCAGACAGGACGUCUUCAUAAGCGGUUCGGCAAUCCUGCUCCGCGUGACCAACCACAUGUCCUUUUUUCCUCUCAACAUGUACAAUGAAGAUUGGCUCAUGAUGGUCCAGCUGGCGGUGGGAGCUUCAAGCCAUACCCGUGUGCUUGCUCAGGCAGGCGGCGUCCAACAAAAACCGUACGAUGCAUUCUGUCAGGAGCGUGCCCAACGCGAAGAGCCGGGCGAGCUGCUAGGCGAGGGGAUGAUGAGUCUGCUGGAAGACGAGGGUCCGCGGCUAUACAGCAUGUCAGAUGUCCACUUCUGGGCGCGCGUGAUGAAACACCGCCGGGAAUUGCUCCAUUGGAUUAUCCGCAAGCGCUGCCAUGGAUAUCUCAUUACGUGGGAAGAAACGGAGACGCCACUCUCCCAUGAUCCUAUCGUUGGUGCCAUGAACGCCGCCCUCUGGGCGCAGGACAAGGUCAGGCCCGAGCACUUGCAGAGAUGGGCGCAAAAAUGGUGGCAGGAUCAAGUCCAUUGGCGCGCGAUGUUGCUUUCCCUCUCCCGAGACGCAGUUCAAAAGACCUCGGAGACGUCUAUCGUUGACUUGCUCCAGCAGCCUCGGAGAGCUGGUUCCCCGCGAGCAGCGGCCGGUGCAUGCGGCCACCAAGCUCAUCUGUGA